AUGGCGGCGCUCACCACACCUGAUCAGCUCCUGAUUGCCACGGGAACGGUCCUUCCUGUAGCCUACGGGGAGGCGGCGGGGAGGCGGCGAAGUCUGACGGAUCAAAGAGGAUCUGUCAGAAAUGAAUCUGUUUCUGUUGGUCUGCAUUAG